UAAGCCGUCGCCCUACCUGCGCGCCGCGGCGAGCCGGGAGGUCCCCGCUGGCGUGAUGUCCCUGCUGCGGUCCCUGCAGCUCAGCCUGGCCGCGCGGGCCGGAAGCCGCCAGGCGGGGUCCCUUCUACCUCCGACGCCCCAGCCAUGGCACACGUUUCACGCAGGCCCUUGCCUGUCCUCCUCGGGCAAGGAGCUCCUUAUGAAGCUGCGGCGGCGAACAGGCUACUCCUUUGUCAACUGCAAGAAAGCUCUGGAGACCUGUGAUGGGGAUCUCAAACAGGCUGAGAUGUGGCUUCACAAGCAAGCCCAGAAAGAGGGCUGGAGCAAAGCUGCCAAGCUCCAUGGAAGGAAGACCAAAGAAGGCUUGAUUGGGCUGCUACAGGAAGGAAACGCAGCUGUAUUAGUGGAGGUAAACUGUGAGACAGACUUUGUUUCCAGAAAUUUAAAAUUUCAACAGUUGGUCCAGAAAGUAGCCCUGGGAACCAUGCUGCAUUGUAAGAGUCUAAAGGAUCAGCUCUCCACAUAUAGUAAAGGCUUUCUGAAUUCCUCUGAGCUUUCUGGACUUCCAGCUGGGCCUGACAAAGAAGGCUCUCUCAAGGAUCAUUUGGCCUUAGCAAUUGGGAAGCUGGGGGAAAACAUGACUCUUAAACGAGCUGCCUGGGUGAAGGUGCCAUCUGGGUUCUACGUUGGGUCUUAUGUGCAUGGAACAAUGCACAGCCCCUCACUCCACAACCUGGUGCUGGGGAAGUACGGGGCCCUGGUCAUCUGCGAGACAUCUGUGCGGAAAGUAAACCUGGAGGACCUUGGCCGCCGCCUGGGACAGCAUGUGGUGGGCAUGGCCCCUCUCUCUGUUGGCUCCCUGGAUGAUGAACCUGGAGGAGAGUCAGAGACCAAGAUGCUAUCCCAGCCAUACUUGCUGGACCCCUCCAUUACAUUGGGACAAUAUGUGCAGCCGCAAGGGGUGUCUGUAGUGGACUUUGUGCGGUUUGAAUGUGGAGAAAGUGAAGAGACAGUAGAAGCAGAUUAGGUUCCAAACACUUUGGGCCUAGAAUAUAAUAAUUACUCAAGUUAUUUCCUAAGCAUCUUUACCCCCAGAAUUUGUUUUUCUGGUGAAUUUAUAGUGCUCAUGAGUAAACUUAUUAAAUAAAUAUAAUAGAGCA